AUGUCAACUUCCAAUAUAACCUUAAUAGAUUUAAACACACAGUUGCCUUUUGAAAUUGACGAGAAGCUUAAAUCCGAGCUUUGUUUUGCUGAGACCUUGGUAAUAAGCUGUGGUCAUUGUGAAGGCGAAAAUGAAGCUGAAGAUUUAUUUUCGGAUUCUGAGUCAUCUUGCUUUGAUGCUACCGAAAGCGAAAUAUCGGAAGAAGUAAAGGAUACAACUCUUUUUGAAACCAAAGAUCACAUCGACGAGGAUACAAAGGAGGAAGAAUUACCCGAAGAAGAAGAUGAUUUUCAUAUCUACUUUUUUCCCGAUUGUAAUAAACCAGCUGUUAAACGAAGUAGUCAAGCUAGUUUAAUCACUGUCGAUGGUAUUCCGAAAAUAAAUCGAACCUUUAAAAUUGACAUAAAUUGUUCAUGUAGUAUCGACAAACAAGGACGUUGCAGUUGUUAUACAAAAUUGCCCUGCAGAUGCGGAGCUAAAACAACAGAGGAAUGUGCUUGUUCAAAACUCACUGAAAUUUGUAUUUGUCAUGACGGGAAACCACAAACAGAAUGCACUUGUAAGGGCAGUAACGUUUGCCUAUGUCAUCCUGAUUUUACAAUGCAACCUACUUGUACAUGCGAUCAAAUAGAUAAACCGUGUUUUUGCCAUUCUGAUAAGUUUCCCAGCCCUAAAUGUACAUGUAAAUACAAAACGCAAACCUAUUCAGAGAAAACGACCAUCAGUGAAUGUACUGAUGAAGAAGAAUCUCAAAUAGUUACAAAUCUUUCUAAUGUUGAAGAGCAAUGUGAAUGCCAGAAAAAGGAACCGGAGCCCCGAUGUAUUUGCCGCAAAGGUGAAGAUUGUACUUGCAAAGAAGAUUCAUGUAUUUGUGAAAUUAAAAAAGUCUGUUCUUGUGAAACUAUUUCCAGCCAAGAAGAAAUAUGUAACUCCGAUGACAACAAGUCAAUUUGUGCCUGCCCAAUCCAAGUAGAUUGCACUUGUAAUGAAGAACAAGAUGAUUGUAAAUGUUUUCCGGUCAAAGAUUGUUCUUGCGGCGAUCCUGAGAAUUGUAAAUGUUUUGUUGCAUGCGAUUGCAUUGAUCCUUGUAUUUGUGAUACUGUACCUAAUAAAGAAGUAAAAGAGCUAUGCGUGUGUAUUGACAAAAUGCGAGCUAACAAAAAACCUGAUUGUUCUUGUCAUUCUAAAACAGAAAAACCUAAAAAACUAAAACGAGUUAGGGCCGGUAAACACGGUUACCGAUGGUGUCACGAUGUUGAUCCUAAACAUACGUAUUUCGAUUACGCAUAUGACCGUCAUGACAAAAUUAUUUAUAAAGAACCAUCUGUUGAGAAAAUUGAAAUAUUAGGCCUUCAUGACGAAAAAACAAAUGAAGAUGCUUGUUCAAUUCACGGGGUUAUUGCUCCACCCUACAAAAAGAAGAUUGCGAAAGCCUCUAUAGAUUGUUGCAGUUCCGUUGGAGGCGUUAGUAUUUGCGUUGAAACGUUAGGAGAAGAUAAAGGUAAAUUUCUCGUUCAAACGGUAUCACAUUCAUCAAAAGAAGGUGCUAAAUGUGGCUCAAAAUUGGUGAGCAUUUUAGACUGCAAUCUUCAUACUAUGGAAGAAAAUAGAACAGAACAUUUUGCAAGAAAGGGUCUCAUAAAAGAACGACGAAGUUACAUGGCCAUUUGCGAGAGCGGUUACUACAAUAAAGUUACGCGUAUUUGCGGCGACAAGCACGUUGUGAAAAGGUUGUAUCACACGUUUGAAGCUGCGCAAGAUUUCUUACUUGAGGGUGCUAAUAUUGUACUACUGCGAUAUUUUGGACUACGUCGUUAUAGAGGGAACGUGAAAACUGAAACGGUAUUAAUGAAUGGUGUAGUCUGCGAAAGCAUUUACGUUUGUCAGGGUGUUAGUCAAGCUGUUGUGAACGGGAAACCGCUUUUUGUUGUUAAAGUAGAACGACACAUUAUUGAACCUAAUGGAUAUGUUCAUCAGACCUUAACUGUUCUAACUUUAAGAGGCUAUACAGUGAGUCACGAAUGGGCUGACAAUAAUUGUAUACUACACCUGAAUCCGCUUCUGCGUGUGGUGCCAGAGAGGGACGAGAUCGAGCCUCACGCUCCUUUGCGUGAGAAGUGGCGAGAAGAUCUUCAACUUUUAUCUGAUUACUUGGACUAUAAGAGUGCACGGACUUCUGAAGGCGGCCGCUAUAUAGCUGAGAGUGGCUCGCUCACUAACACCAUCCGGGAAUAUCUGCAAGCACUUCUAUUACUUCGUCCCCAGGAUGCUUUGCAUUUCACGAGACAUUACUUUGGUUCUGCUCUAUCAGCCCUGGAUCUUCCCCAUGACGAAUAUUUCGAUGCCGCUUCCAAGCACGUUAGGUAUUACUUUUUUGAAGAGUAAUUUAUUUUCAACCGCCGAGUC